CUCUAACCGGAGCGUCUCUGUCAACAUUACCUCGCAAUUGAAAACAUCUGACACACUCUGGACUUCUUCACAAGCCACCGAAUAGCACUUCUACCUUCCGUUUUUGAAUGACGGGCGGACGGUUCGACUUUGACGAUGGUGGCACGUACUGCGGAGGCUGGGAGGACGGCAAAGCCCACGGUCACGGUGUGUGCACCGGGCCCAAGGGCCAGGGUGAGUACUCCGGCUCGUGGUCCAGCGGUUUCGAGGUGGUCGGCGUCUACACCUGGCCCAGCGGGAACGUGUACCAGGGCUACUGGGCACAAGGGAAACGCCAUGGGCUCGGCGUAGAAACCAAGGGGAGGUGGAUUUACCGGGGAGAGUGGACUCACGGGUUCAAGGGCCGGUACGGAGUCCGGCAGAGCCUGAACACACCGGCCAGGUACGAGGGCACCUGGAAUAACGGACUGCAGGACGGAUAUGGCGUGGAAACGUAUGGCGAUGGAGGUACAUACCAGGGUCAGUGGACUGGUGGGAUGCGUCAUGGCUACGGAGUACGUCAAAGCGUUCCAUAUGGUAUGGCCUCUGUUAUCCGCUCACCCCUACGAACCUCGCUGGCUUCCCUCCGCAGUGAGCAGAGUAAUGGUACAGUGCUGCGUGACAACCUGUCUGACAGCCCUGCUGGUACACGAGGUGGCUUUGUACUCAACUUCCACUUAGAUGGAGAAGGUUCAGAGAAGAAGAAGGGUCUUUUUCGCAGAGGCUCGCUCUUUGGUAGCCUUCAGCGACUGCGCAAGUCAGACUCACGCUCAUCCAUUUCAAGUAAGCGCAGCUCAGCGCAUAGUGACACCACAAUGAGCCGCAUCAGUUCAAGUGAUGCCAACUCCACAAUCAGCUUUGGAGACGGAGACCCGGGCGAUGACUACCUGCCUCUGGAGGACAAUGUGGAUGCCACCACCACCGAGUCCUACAUGGGUGAGUGGAAGAAUGACAAGCGAAGCGGCUUUGGUGUCUCCGAGCGCUCCAAUGGCAUGAAGUAUGAAGGAGAGUGGUUGAACAAUAAGCGCCAUGGCUACGGCUGCACCAUCUUUCCUGAUGGCACCAAGGAAGAAGGGAAGUACAAGAACAAUGUGCUGGCCAGGAGCAUCAGAAAGCAGUUGAUCCCGCUGAAGAACUCCAAGACCAAACAAAAGGUGGAUCGAGCCAUUGAGGGAGCAGUGAGAGCAGCAGCUAUCGCCAGAACCAAAGUAGAGAUUGCCAUCUCCAGGACGUCCCAUGCCAGGGUCAAAGCAGAGGCUGCCGACCAGGCUGCGCAGUCAGCCAGUCAGGAUUCAGAUAUCGCCAGAGCUGUGGCCAGAGAGCUCUCCCCAACCUUCCAUCAGCCAGGCCCUGACUAUAUACGGCAGAAGUAUCAUGAGCCAGUAGAGGUGAAGGACGUUCCUGUGGAGGAGAAAAAGGAGAAAUCUCCAUCAGGGAGCCCUCAUUUCUACCGGAAAGGCACAACACCCACCCAGUCUCCAUCUCAGAGCCCAGUUCCCAGCCCCACUCCUUCACCCACUACUGUUAAAAAGACCUUUUUCAUCAGUAAAACUCCCACCCCUGUUGCUCCUGUUGGGAAAGAGAGCAAAACCCCAACAGUUGAUACUUUGACAACAGGCAUAACAAAGGCAGCAUCAAAACUUUCUCUCAAACAGGAAGUGAGGCAACAGGAAGCUAUUCCAGUAGUCAAGCCAGCUGUUGCCAUGACAGUCAGCAGUUACCCCAGCAAUGGGCAGAUUCACUCCCAGUACCACGGUUACUAUGUCAAGGCAGAUGUCAAGAUUCCACCACCUGAGGAACCAAUUGGUGUGGAAGACGAUCUUCACCCAUCAAGCCUUGCACGCUUACCACCACCUGCCAAACAGAUUCAGGUGCCAGCACUAAAACUGCUACCAGCGCCUAGCCCUUCAGCAGUUCCACCAAAAGAGGGCACCAAGGCAUCAGAGCCUUCCAAGCCAAAAAGACAGGAAUCAACCAAACCAAAGAGCCUUGCAGAAACCAAGAAAGCCAGUGUGGAAAUAGCUCCUGAAAUUGUGGAGGAGGAGUCGGGGCCUAACUCUAUCUUGGUGGUUCUAGUGAUGCUGUUGAACGUAGGUCUAGCAAUCAUUUUUGUCCAUUUCCUGACCUGACCAAAUCUCAGUGGACUCAUCCAAACUACACUCCCAAGUGGUUACUCUCCACCAGCCAAAGGGGCCUUUUUAAAAAUGGCGCCAGUCAGAAUGGCAAAGACAGGCAAAACGGAGGACUGAAAAUAGACAAAUGAAGGAGGAGGAGGAGAAGAAGAAGUGGAAGAAAAAACACAUGGGAGAGAGGGGGAGAAAAGCAGAGAGAGAGAAAGAUGAAACCUCCACCGUAACCCCCCACCCCCCAACCCUUGAUGUCUGAGUCCAACCUGAUUCGACCGGUGAUGAUUUGUGACUCCACUCAAGAGUGCAGUGACAGCUGAAGCAAGCAGUCGUUGGUGGAAAGGGGCCCCUGAGCCCGUCUAUCAGGGCUACAAAUAUCAAGUGGCCUGGACAGCAGAGUGAAUGUGAGCGAGUGUGAGGCCUGGCAUCUAUGCUGCCCAUAAAUGCCUGUUAUGUGUGUGUGUGUGUGUGUCUGUUUGUAGCUCCAGUUCCAUCCAACUGUUCAGCAAAUUUGAAAGUUUUGAAUGCUGCAACAAAAAGCUUGUGCAUCUUCCAGCUGGAACUGAGAUUUUGUUUCCGAAAUGAUCCACCAGAAGAACAUACUGUUGAGUAAUGAUUAGUAUUUGAUAAGAAAUUAAUGCUCUUCAGUUCAGUGUGCCAUGCUUUCAUGAAAUUUAACCGCCAUCAGAUAGGCUACUUACAAUAUUUAGAACUCAUUUGUAGGAUGUGGCAAUCAGCUUUUUUUAACUGCAGUGCACUUUCAUUGAACUGUGUCACCAGGUCAGUCAGACAAAGCCUUUAUUUUAUCAGUCAAUGCCUUUCCUGCUGCCAUAUCCUACAAAACAAAUUGACUACAAAAAAAUAUUCUGCCUCAAGUGGGCAAGAAGUUUUCGCAGUGGUA